GUUAAAAAUUUUAAGUCCUCAGUGAUGAGACUUCACUGUGGAUUGAUAUAAUGGUGUUAAACUAGAUAAAGUCAGUUAAGUAACUUUACGGCUGUGAAUAUCUGUGAUAAUCUACUUGUACACACAUAUAUAUUAGUGUGCAACUAAAGAUAUAAAUAUUUUGUAAUGUAUGCAGCAAACAAUGUUAUUUACCACAUUUACUCAUAAUAUCAUUUGUAACCAUCAUGUAUAUUUUAAUGUUUACAACCAAAUAAGGCAAAGAAAAUGACUAUGUAGUUAAAAUACUAAAGUACCUAUAACUUCAACAUUUAUUUCCUAAACAUUUGAAGUUGAUUGAUUUCAAUGUCUAGAGAAGAUAGUCUUUAAAAAAUAAUAUUUUGAAUGCACUCAUCAUAAUAUGCUCAGGUGCAUGAAACACUUAUAAUUUAUAUUUUUAUUAUUGGCUAACAACAGCUACCAAAUGGUAUUUAUACCUUAAAAUCUAAUUUAUGUGAUGAUCCAUAAUUAUUCUUAAGAUCUAACUUCUUAAAGCGAGCUUGCGAUAAUGAUACUUAAUAUGUUAUUCAGUGUACAGGUAUUCUGUUCACUAGGUACACUAGCCUUAAGACUACAAACUACAACUAGGGUAUGUCCGGUAUUUAAAUUCUAAAUCUAUUGCUUUUAUGCCAUUUACAAAUUUUGAUAAAUAUCUAAAAUUUUAACUUUCCACCACUCAUGUUUAUUCACAUCAAAUAUUUAAAGUUUCGAAAUUUCAAAAUUAUGUGUAUGAAUAUAAAUGACAUACAUUUCUACGUAAUUAAAUUGUUCUGAAGUAAAUUAAACUACAGUAGAUUUCGGGUAUAAGGACGAUGAUGGGUCCACUCGAAUCAUAUUCGUUAUUUCCAUUAUCCGGACGUCUUUACAGGUAAAGGUAAAUAUCCACAUACCUACACACCGACAUACAGAUACAUACACUUUAUAAUUGAACCCUAAAUUUAAAACGUAUACGUAGGUAAGCGUAGCUACUUGGCCAAUAUCUAUAAAUAAAAGGUCUACGUUUGCUGACCAUCUAUGUGAUUGUAUACGAAAGAUAAGAAUAUGUCCUUCGCGGCCGAGUCCGGUCGCAAUAUCGGCAGAAUUUGUUACGAAAUCAUCCAUUAAAAACAGUCGCUAUACCUUCACGCGGAUUCACAUUAGGUCUCCACUGUAUAUACAGUUCAAGGGAGACUACUUACUAGACUUCAUUUAACGUCGCUAUAGCUAAAUUGUAAUAAAUGGAAUCCAAUGAAUUUAGACCAUCGUUAUAUGGAGUAUUAUAAACUAUGCUCUAACUAUGUCUAAAUGCUUUUUAUAUACAAGGGGUUAAGGCGCGGUCGGUAGCUAGUGUUUUCAUAAUGUGCCUAAUCCCGUAUCAAUAUCAUCGCGCAAUUCUCAUUCAUUCCCAUAACAGGGCCGUAAAAUGAUCUUUGGUGGAGCUUAUAUAAUGGUAGGCGUGGAACCUUGUAAACGCAGGCGCGGCGUUGCCCGUGAGAUCUGAGGGGUGAGGGUGCGUCAGUCGGCCCUCAGCGACCGGAGGUGCUGUGCGCCGCGCCCCUCGACGCCAACGCGUGGCCCGGGGCGUGGCGCUUACGUAAACACGCGUGUUACUUUCGUUGCUGUAGCCACACCACUGUCCGUCCUAGAACGACCCCAUGUCGGCCCGCCGCCUUAUCAAUUUAUGUGGAUAGCUCAAAGCACGCUGCCGCGCCACCGACGCUGCCAUUGCCAUCACCGUUUUCGGCGCUUAUAGCAUCAAAAAUGAAGAUGCAGGCGCGAGCUUCGCUGAUGGCGCUGGCCGCGCUGGUAGCGUUGGUAGCUGUAAAUGCGGAGCGCGGUGGUGGUAUCAAAAUCGGUAGCGGUACAAUCGGCGGCGGGGGCAGAGAGGGUGCUCGCGGCAGCGGAGUCCGUCUUGGAGCACGUCCGCGGACCUCCCCUGCUCCCCAAAUACCGCGACAACCCUCUGUGAUCACCGCUGCCCUUGUGGUGCCCCACAAGGCUUUCGGCGCACGUGAUUACACAAGGGCCGAGAAGGCAGCCUUAUCAAAAUUGCCGCGUAAAUUAAAACUCUUCUCACAAGUGCGUCUGAAUAUAACGCUUUCUAUGCAGGGCUUGACGCCUAGUCCUAUGUCUAUCUUGGACUCGCUAUGUAAAGAAUUUUUAGCAGUCAACGUGUCUGCUAUACUAUAUCUUAUGAAUCAUGAACAAUACGGGCGGUCUACUGCCUCUGCACAAUAUUUUCUACAGCUGGCCGGAUAUCUUGGCAUACCGGUCAUUGCGUGGAACGCUGAUAACAGCGGGUUAGAGAAGCAUGCCUCGCAUGCAUCCUUGAGAUUGCAAUUGGCCCCAACAAUUGAACAUCAAACUGCAGCAAUGCUUUCUAUUCUGGAGAGGUAUAAAUGGCAUCAGUUCAGUGUGGUCACAUCUGCUAUAGCAGGGCAUGAUGAUUUUAUUCAAGCCGUUCGGGAAAGAGUUUCCUCGCUACAAGAUCGUUUUAAAUUCACAAUACUAAACGCAGUUGUUGUAAAGAAACCAGCUGAUCUCAACGAGUUGGUGACUAGUGAAGCAAGAGUUAUGCUAUUGUAUGCUACGCGGGACGAGGCCGCUGAUAUUCUUUCUACUGCCGGAGAUUUACACCUCACUGGAGAAAGUUACGUUUGGAUCGUAACUCAAAGUGUCCUGGGCUCGAUGCAACCGCCGAACAAAUUUCCUGUAGGCAUGUUGGGAGUGCAUUUCGAUACAACGAGCUCUUCCAUCAUAUCAGAAAUAGCAACAGCGGUAAAGGUAUUUGCAUAUGGAGUGGAAUCAUAUUUAUCAGAAACUGAAAACUUGAGAUAUCCUUUGGGCACUAGACUAUCCUGCGAUAGUGCGGGUAGUGGUGAGGCAAGGUGGUCAACCGGUGAAAGAUUCUAUCGACAUCUGCGUAACGUUAGUGUGGAAAGCGACUCAGGAAGACCGAGUAUAGAGUUCACUUCCGAUGGUGAAUUGCGAGCCACCGAGCUGAAAAUAAUGAACUUACGGCCUACUAUUGGAGAUCAGCUCAUAUGGGAAGAAAUCGGGACGUGGAACUCGUACCCUAAGGAACAUUUAGCUAUAAAGGACAUAAUUUGGCCUGGAGGUCUACAUACACCACCGCAGGGAGUUCCAGAAAAGUUUCAUAUGAGAAUUACUUUCCUAGAAGAACCUCCUUAUAUUAAUUUAGCACCACCCGAUCCUGUAAGUGGUCGUUGCUCUUUAGACCGAGGUGUCAUUUGUCGUGUUGCACCUGAAGUUGAAAUUGUUGGAAUUGAGGCUGGAGCCGCACACAGAAACAGUUCCUUAUAUCAAUGCUGUAGUGGAUUUUGUAUUGAUUUAUUGCAACAACUGGCAGAACAGUUGGGGUUCACUUAUGAACUCGUGCGGGUGGAAGAUGGUCGAUGGGGUACCUUCCAAGAUGGAAAAUGGAAUGGUCUCAUAGCGGAACUUGUUAAUAAAAAGACGGAUAUGGUACUAACGUCUUUGGUAAUAAAUUCGGAUAGAGAGGCCGUGGUAGACUUUAGCGUUCCCUUUAUGGAAACUGGGAUUGCUAUAGUUGUGGCGAAGAGGACUGGAAUCAUUUCACCGACAGCUUUCCUAGAGCCGUUUGACACUGCGUCGUGGAUGCUUGUAGGGGCAGUGGCGAUACAGACAGCUACUUUCUGUAUCUUUAUAUUCGAAUGGCUGUCACCGAGCGGGCUUAACCGUUCGCCGGGUCAGAUCAAUGUGCAGAAUCGGUUCUCGUUGUGUCGAACUUAUUGGAUUGUUUGGGCUGUACUGUUCCAAGCUUCAGUACACGUGGACUCUCCGCGUGGUUUUACAGCUCGGUUUAUGACGAACAUGUGGGCAAUGUUCGCGGUGGUAUUCCUUGCCAUAUAUACUGCGAAUCUCGCUGCCUUUAUGAUAACAAGGGAAGAAUUUCAUGAAUUGAGUGGCAUCGAUGACCCCAGGAUCGUAAAGCCUAAGACGUAUCAGCCACCACUGAAGUUCGGGACUGUACCUUGGUCCCACUCGGAUGCGACAUUGAAGAAAUACUUUAGAGAGCCCCACUCUUAUAUGACCCCAUACAAUCGAAGCACUGUUAGUGCUGGAGUGACAAGCAUAUUAACUGGAGACCUGGAUGCUUUUAUCUACGAUGGAACCGUUUUGGAUUACUUAGUAUCGCAGGAUGAAGAUUGUCGACUGCUGACUGUGGGCGCUUGGUACGCGAUGUCCGGAUACGGUCUGGCGUUCACGCGUAAUUCAAAAUAUCUCGGAAUGUUCAACAAACGACUUCUCGACUUGCGAGCAAAUGGCGAUUUAGAACGUUUAAGAAGAUACUGGAUGACAGGCACCUGUAAGCCCAACAAACAGGAGCACAAAUCUUCAGAUCCUUUGGCGUUAGAGCAGUUUUUGUCUGCGUUCCUCUUGCUAAUGGCAGGCAUACUUCUCGCCGCCGCUAUAUUGUUCUGUGAACAUUUGUAUUUCCGCUACGCGCGGGAACACAUCGUUAAGUCCGAUUUACAUCCUUGUUGUACACUCGUGUCUAUCUCUAUGGGUCAAUCCCUUUCAAUGCAAAAUGCAGUAAUGGAGACAACGACAGAUCAAGGCUUUAGGUUUGGCAAGCGACCCCAUUGCCGAUCUGCCGUGUGUGCUGCUCAGAUAUGGCGCGCCCAACACGAACGCGACGCGGCGGUGGCUCGAGCGCGACAAUUGGCUGUGGUGCUCGCGGCUCACGGGCUGCAGCCUCCGCCGCGACGCCUUGCCUCCGCAGCGGCGCUGCACGCACACGCGCACGACGCCACGCGCCCGCGUACGCUGCACGUGCCCGCCGACAUACUGCCCGACCUAGAUCGUCCGCUUUCUUGCGACGACCUGCGCGCUAGAGAGCGGACGCGGGUAGAAAUGGAAACAGUGCUGUGAGGCGCAUAUAGCGCCACCUUUUUUCAAUUCCUGAAGGCUGUUCUUACACCAAGUUAUACAAAACAAAAUUAGUUAUACUUUAUGUUAAAAAUAAGGUCAGAUAAAAAAGCGUUGUAAUUAUUAAAUAAAAUAUUCCAAUUAUUAAAACCGAGAGGCGGAUGUAGAUAGCGAAGCGUUGUUGUGGGACGCGCGCGCGACGCGGGCUGGGCGUCGGACGUGCGUCCUCGUGUUGUCUACUACAAUAAAAUAUAUUUUUUGGACAAUA